CUCUCUCUCUCUCUCUCGAUACCAAAAGGGUACGUUCGACCCAAACACCCAAGCUUGCUGUCUCUCUCUCCCCACAAAACUGUGUUCAGUCAUUCUCGCUCUCUCUUCUCUCUCUACAUCUGCACACCUUGAGAGCCGCAGGCGAGGUCUUGAAAAAAUAUCAAAAACAAAACUCAACUCAGAAGAUCGGAGAGAAUCGCAGAAAUAGCCGAAAAAUCGUUUAAAAAAAAAAAACUUGAUGGAAAAAUAGAGAAAAAAGAACAUAAAUUCAGAUCCUCUCUUUCUAAAGAUAUUACCGUACGCAUAUUUAGUUCUUCCUCUCCAGCAAGAUCUCCUUCCUUCAUAAAUCCUCAAAUCAAAGUUCCUUAUCUCCAUCUUCUCUGUUUGAGAAGCUCAGUCAUAUGCUCAUGAAACCGAGGCUUUGGAUCAAUUUUGGGACUAAAGAAUAGACGGUCAAGAUUGAUUGCUUGAGAUCACAGUAUUUUUCUUUUUUCUUUUUACUGGGUUUCUUGUUUGAGCUAUUCUUUGUUGUUGCUCCUGAGAUGGGGAGUAGUUCUGGUGAGGCUAAAUCCAACGGUAUCGAUGCGUCGGUGGGCGGAUUGGUUUGGGUCCGUCGCCGAAACGGGUCGUGGUGGCCGGGCCGUAUAAUGGGCCUUGACGAGUUGUCUGAGGGUUCCUUGGUUUCGCCGAGAUCGGGGACUCCCGUUAAGCUUCUGGGCCGCGAGGACGCAAGUGUGGAUUGGUAUAAUCUUGAAAAAUCUAAGAGGGUUAAGGCAUUUCGGUGUGGGGAAUAUGAUGAAUGCAUUGAAAAGGCAAAGGUAUCUGCAGCUAAUUCCAAUAAAAAAGCAGUUAAAUACGCUCGGAGGGAAGAUGCCAUUAUCCAUGCUCUUGAGAUUGAGAGUGCUCGCCUUGGCACAGAUCGCUUGGAUUUCUUUCAACGGGAUAAUUCAGGUGGCGACCUUGGUAGUUCAGCCAGAGAGUCACCUAGCAUGUCUCGUUCUGUUGAAGAAAACGUGGAUCGGGGUGACGAUGCUAGUGAUUCUGAAGACAAUUCAAAUUCAGCGCCAGAGUUAUCUCAAUCUGGUUUAUCUUUUGAAGAGCCAAAUCAUAAUAAUCCUGCUAAGGUGCAAUCUGUCCUGGGAAGAAGAAGAAGAACCCCAAAUGAUUCGGAGGACGAUGGAACAGAAGGAGUUAAGCGUAUGAGAGGACUUGAGGACCUGGGCAUGGGUGUCGUUUCAAAAAGGAAAGCUGGAGGGAUGCUCGAUCUAGUUCAACAUGAUAGUGCUUCACUCUGUGAUUCAAGUGCCGGGAAUUGGAUAUCUAAUGGGAGUCCUGUCAAUGGUAGCAAAGGUUAUUUGCCGUCACUCAAAAGGAAGAGAUCUCAAGUGGCAAAUGUUCAUGAAUUUUUGAAAAGGAAAAACCGUCGCCGACCAUUGACAAAGGUUUUGGAGUGUACAGCCAUGGUUUCUGUUCCAGUUAUUUGUGAUCAACUUCCCAGUUCAAGUGGUUCACCUCUUCAGGGUAUGUCCGAUAGCAGGGUUUCGGGACUGGAAUCUAAUGACUCAAAGAAAUCUGUGAUUGUGAACAACAAUUCUGACAGCACCGGAGUUUCGUGUGAGAAUGGAGUCCCUUUAAAUGCUUCUGAACAUGCCUGUGAUGCUUCCCAAAUCCUUUACAAGACUAAGGAGAAUGAAAUUUCCAGCACAGCUGGGUUAGCUGAGAAUGGUUCUUCUGAUAGGUUAUUUGAUGUACCAUUUGUUGGGGAGGAAAAACACACUGAAGGUUUUUCGCCUAUACCCGUGUCUGUUUCAUCUGGAAGGUCUCAUGUUGCUUUGGGAAGGCAAUCUUGUCAAGGUAGUCAAGCUGAAGCUGCAUUGUUGAGAAACGAGGGACUUAAUGAAUCUGGUUCUACCAGUUCAGCUACUGUUCAUAUUAAUAAUAUUAGCCAGAGGAUAGAGAAAGGUACUUCAAAGUGGCAGUUAAAACGAAAGAGGAAUUCGAGACAUUUAAGUAAAAAUAGAAAACAGGGCUCCAGAAAAUAUGUGGACAUGGAUGAUGAAUCCAAUGCUUAUUUGGCAGGUAUAGAGCAUUUGGAGGGUUCAGAUCAGAAAGUUGAUGGCACUGGCGUUGGUGGAUGCCUCACAUCAUAUAAUUGUACCUUGCGACCAAAGUGCAAAUCAGUUGCUGAAGGCCAGGUAGAUGGUUUCAGGGACUGGGGCAAGCAAAUGUCUCAGAGGGAUUCGCAAAUAAGAGUGCCAAAAGCUGAAGUGAAUCUAUCACCCAAAGGCUCUUUGACACCCCAAAGGUCACUUCCGUAUCGUCAGUCCCGCUUUACAGUUCACUCCAGAUAUCAGAUACCAGAUUUUCCUGUCAGAAAUAUUUCCACUGAUGCUUCACUGUGUGAUGUUAAGAUUGAAGUGAAAGCAAGCUAUCGGCCACAGCAUGUGCCAUUGGUUUCCCUCAUGAGUAAGUUGAAUGGUAAAGCUAUUGUUGGUCACCCUCUCACAGUCGAGGUUUUGGAUGAUGGCCAUUGUGAUUAUCUGUUGAGAAGCGUGGAGUGUAAUCUCAAAGUUGGUGCAAUGCGUAAUGCUGCCAGGCCAAAUUCAGUAUCCAGAAGAGUUCCUGCCAAGCACUUGGCAUUGCAGCCACGUUUUUCACCUGUUAAAUUACCAAAAAUAAAGAAAUCUGGGUUAUUGUCUAAAAAGAUACGGAAACUUUCUUCCUUGACUGGUCACAAGCAGUCCGAAGAAGAGCAGAAACCAGUGGUAGAUAAGCCUAAAGGCCUGUUGUAGCCUGUAUCCCACUAAAAGUAGUAUUCAGUAGAAUAAACGAAGCAGUGAAUGGAUUGGCAAGGCCAACACAACACCAUGUGUUGACAUCGAGCAUCCCAUAAAUUUGGUUCUGGGGGAGGAGUUGCGGUUGCUGGAUUCUACCUCUGACUUUGGUUUGGUGUCUUAGGUAUUUUUAUUUUUUUCCUUUUCAGUUCAGCAGCCACGUUGCUGUUUUAUUUAACCAUGCUCAGUCUGAGGCACCAUAUAAUCUACCGAUAAGGUAGGCAUCCUUCUGUACACUUUCAUGACAGUUCCUUGUAGAACCUGUAGGAGUAAAAUUAAUGGAAGCUGCUUUUGGCUCUGUACAUAGUGUAACAUUAUGUAAAGAUCUGGUAUUGGGUAUUGUUGACCUGAUAUUAGGUAAUUAUUUUUUGGGUUCA